AUGAAAUCUCCCCAAAAUGCCGUGACAUCCAAAUGGCAUCGAUUUCUGCAAGAAGAUGGCACGAGCCCGUUGCUGGAUCCUGCGAAACCGAACGGUUAUGAAGGAUGUCCCUGCUUGACUUUUGAUCAGCUUGCUAACUACAAUCUGGAUUACUCCACCAACAUCAAGGCGAUUAGUUUUCUGGGCACUGGAUAUGAAAAUCCUGCCGAGUACGGACUGGGAUGCAGUGCACAUGACGCCGCAGUGCCGGAAUGUUCCAACGUUGGAGAUUGCGUCACCAAGAUUCCUCUCCCCGACAACUGUGACAAGUCUUGGUGCCGACGUGCUUGGUGCUAUGUAGAUUCCAACAGCUGCUCAGUGGAAAAGGCUCAGAGUUCGCUGUGGGAAAGCAAGAGUUUAGCCUACUCUUAUGCUGCUUGUGGCUUCAUGGAUUCCUAUACAUCCUCGGACAGAUUGAGGGAUCUGCAGAACAGAACUCUCCGAGUUGCAUUCAAUAGCAACAGUGGAGGAUGGCAGGGAGCUUACAAUGAAGAAGGCCACUUUGCCAUGAACGCACAAUGGUAUGGACCUUUGAUUGACUUCGUUAGUGAUGCAGCUAUCUUGGGGGGCUUUGAACUCGAGGCAACUGUUCCGCCUGAAUGGUUGCGAAAUUCUUCCAAAGCUUUCUUUGGAGGAUCGGCGUUUGACCUAUGUAUCUACGCGGUUUCGCUGGGCUACCUAGACAUGUGUGUGGCUGGAUACACCGUCACGACAAAGCGAGCAUCUGUGACCUCUUUCUUUGAGCUCACGUCGGAUCCAGUCUAUUUGCUCACAUUUGCAGGCGAAGAACAGCGCACGAAUUUGGAAGACUUUGUCUACGCACUGAAAACCAUCUUCACACCCUUCACCGGCGGGGCCUGGGCCAUGAUUGUUAUGUUUGUCUUGCCCGUGAUGGCACUGCUCAUGUGGUUUCAUGAGCAUGGAGUGCCAGGGUCGGCGUUUCCUCGAACAAGACCAUUCCAAGAAAUCGACAAAGAAACUGGGGAAGCCAAAAUCAAACAUCGUCCAAUUAGAUUGACGACACAGUUGUUCCAAGCUCUGUAUAUGAGCUUCCUGAGCUUCACUUCAGAGUCCUAUGAUAUUAGCGUGAUUACCGCAGGAGGCAAGAUCCAUCUGCUGGGAAUAUUCUCCUUUCUCAUUUUGGUCCUGGCUGUGUACACUGCCAACUUGGCAGCCAUUCUCACCACAUCGGCUCAAUCAACGGCUGUAGAAACGGUGGAGGAAGCCUUGCAGGCGGGCUACAACUUUUGCGCGAAUAGAAAACUUGCCCUGACCAUCAUGAAACUCUACACCAUUGAUCCUGCGCGCUUUGCUGUCGACCCUGAAAGUGAAGGAGGGGAUGGGAUGCCCGGCUUCAACUGUGCCAGAUGUCAGGGACGACAACGUGCCAUUGAUUUCAUGAAACAAGACCACAACGAUCCAAGCCUCUACUGCGAUGCGGCCUUUGUGACACUACAGGAACUGGAGGUGAUGCAUCAAUUUGGAUUGCACUGUAACAAGACCGUCGUUGGAAAUAUACUCACGUUCAAUACAUUUGGCAUGCCACUUGGUUCGAGCAUUGCAUCGCCAAUGUCAUCAUGGCUCUACAAGAUGAAGUACGAAGGAUUGCUGACACAGAAACUGAACGAGGCGCAGCCCGCCAAUCAAUGCGCUGCAGCGUCACAACAAAACGAAGGCAUUGGGUUGACAGUGCAGCAACUGACAGGUAUUUGGGUAAUCGUUUUCACCUUUGCCUUGGGAGGGCUGAUAGCCAAGGCGGUCAACUAUUACCAAAGGCGAAACAAAAGCUCCUCCUUUUCACAGCUGGUCUGGCAUUACGAUCAAUGGGGCCGCCCCAUUCCAAAUCUGGAACUGGACGAUUGGCGAAAGGAAAGCAUACCACCAGUUGACCGCAGAAGAACGUCAGUGGUUCUCCCAAGCACGAUACCUGGCCGUCGCAGUGGCGGAAGCAAUGGUCUACAUAGCCUUUCGUAUCACAGCCACAUGUACUCGAGUGACUUCGCAUAUCCUGAUGACGAUAAUACCUGCUCGAAAGAAGAAGUGGCGGUACAUUUAGAAGAGAAAGACGAGCAAGCGCCGUCGACGCAACCUGAACCAUGGGGUGGGGUUGAUAGUGCCAGUUUUGCAACAGAUCAAGCAGACUCAGCUUUUGAAGACGCAGAUGAGAUCACACAAAAAGUCUCUUGCUAG